UCCACAAUCGACACGCCACAGGCCAACAUGGCAAGGUGUUUGCAUCUCGGCUCCUUCCUUUUCACUAAGAUGGUCAAUACACCCCGUAUCUCAAUGGGAGUCAACACUUGCCUCAUUAAAACCUGGAUCCCACACAGCCAAGGCAAAGCCAUCACCAUCCACUCGGCCAUACACUCCGACUCUGAAAAGAACAGCUUGUCGGAGGAAAAAGUCAUAAUACACUUUAUUAACCAAGAUGGCAUCAGAACCACCACUGCUGUUACUGAAGGACAGACCCUGUUGGAUGUUGUUGUAAACAAAAACUUGGACAUAAGUGGUUUUGGUGCAUGUGAGGGGACAUUAGCAUGCUCCACCUGUCAUCUCAUUUUUGACAAGACAUUUUAUGAGAAGAUGGAACCAACGGUGGAUGAGGAGAUGGAUAUGCUAGAUCUAGCUUACGGGCUUACCAAGACGUCCCGUCUUGGUUGCCAGGUGACAGUGCAGAAGUGGAUGGAUGGUAUGACUGUCCAAGUGCCCCAAGAGGUGAGGGAUGCUGUGGGAUCUAAAGGCAGCCAGUGAUCCUUCAUGCAACCUGCUACACCUUUCACCUACUGUACCAAGUCUAAUCAUCAUCAUAAUCAAACAUCUCCAGAAACAUAUCACCCAGGACCACUCUGACAUGUAUUUACCUUUUGCUCUACCAAUCAACUAGCUUCUGUUGGAGAAUCGGUUGUAGCAAUUACAUAUUACCUGUACUUAGCAUACAUAAAAAUGAAAUGAGUCAAUAAGUACUUCAAAUCCUUUGUUAUGGCAAGCCUAAAUAAGUUCAGGAGUAAACAUUUGCUUACCAAGUCACAUAAUAAGUAGCAUGGCCUCACUCUGUGUUCAAUAAUAGUGUUUUUGAAUCACUACCUCAUCUUUGACCCCACACAUACAAUUAUCAGUGAAUUUCAAACACAGAUUCAACCAAAAAAAAACGGAGGUUUUUGAAUGCCUUGCAUUCUAUUAGUAGAUGGGUAAAAAAAGAAGCAGACAUUGAAUAUUCCUUUGAGUAUGGUGAAGUUAUUAAUUACACUGGUGUAUCAAUACACCUGGUUGCUACAAAGAAACGCACGUCAUUCCUAACUCAGUUGCCGGAGAGGAAGGAAACUGCUCAGGGAUUUCACCAUGGGGUCAAUUGUGACUUUAAAACAAUUAGAGAGUUUAAUGGCUGUGAUAGGAGAAAACUGAGGAUGGAUGAAUAACAUUCUAGUUACUCAACAAAACUAACCCAAUUGACAAAGAGAAAGGAAGUAAGCUUGUACAGAAUAAAAAUAUCCAAAAUAUUCAUUCUGUUUGCGACAAGUUCUAAAGUAAUACUAUAAAACAUGUGGCAAAGCAAUUAGGUAAAUGUGAUAUUUCUGUAUUUCAUCUUCAAUAAAUAUUCAAAAAUUAAAACAUGCUUUCACUUUGUUAUUAUGGUGUAUUGUGUGUAGAUGGCUGAGAAUUAAUUAUUAUUUUAAUUCAUUUUUAAAAUUAGGCUGUAACACAACAAAAUGUGGACUAAGUCAAGGGGAAUUAUUACUUUCUGAAGGCACUUUCUAAACCACAUAAAUUUCUCUUUAAGUAAUUAAAACAACUGUGUUUUCAUCCAACUACAUUGUGUGAAAUUUGACCCACUAAUCUUUGUGCAAAACAAUAAGUUGUUGCAAUUAAUAACCCUGCAUAUUUUAAAUAGGAUGUCUAGAAAGUUGGGACUGAGAAGGCAUGGAAAAACACAUGCAGAGAGUUUUGAGGGCAAACAUGAUUUAUUAUAGGUGGUGCAAUAACCAUAGGCAUAUGCAGGUUUGUAGCAACUGAUAAUGUAAUAACUGCCAAUAAUGUAAUAGCUGCUAAUAAUGUAAUACAUGUUGCAUUCAUUAUGUAAUAAAUUGUCAAUAACCUAAUAACGUUAUAUAUCUAAAAGGCUUUUAUUACAUUAUGCAUUGAUGAAUACAUUAUGGAGUGGGUAAAAGCUUUUUCCUUAAUAGUGUAAUAACUUUAACCAAUAAUGUAAUAACAACUUUAAAAAUAAAUACUAAAUCUAUAUUCACUCUUUUUCACGCAUAUCAAGUGUCAUGUAAUAGCUGACUACACACCAAACCACAUUCCUGAGUCGUUAUUUGAUAUUACUAAGGGAAUGUAACCAGUGGGCUAAUGUUGGAGAGUUCAUAUUCAUGUUUCUCAACAGACAUAAACGGGCAGAUCGUGGUAUUUAAAUCCUGACACACUUAGAUAUUGCAGAUAAUACAGUCCCAAAAUGUUGUCAUAUCUACCAGAACAUGUCAAAUGAAGCUGUGAGAGUAACUUUGUAUUAAAACAUUUCUUGUACUGGUUGACCUGAAAAAGUAAAUGUGUAACACUUCCAUAUGUGGCUCAUAAGGGGACUGUAAAGGUAAAUACAUUAAAGUAGUGGAA